AUGGAAGCCAACGGUGGACAAGUCACUGAACAGCAGCAGCUCAGUGCUGUUAAAAUGCGUGAAUACAUGAACCAGAACUCCGACACUGCCCAGACAAAGCAGCUAGUCUUCAUCCUCCGGGCCAUGUUUCGGCGAAAGAACGGCAUUGUACCCGGUGGCCUCAAUAUAAGGACCAUCUGCAAAGACGGUAAAGAAUCCUUUGGCCACGACUUUGUACUCGAAGCACCCUUUAUUUCGACCGUUCUGGAAUGGUUUAUUGCGGCCACGACGUCGGGCAAUCUGCUACAGGAGCUGUCUCUCCUUGAAGAACAUCGAUUGAGAUUCUUCCCUGCAGACCUACUUAAAUGGGAGCAGUUCAGCGCCGGCGCCGAUCAAAAAGUUGUCAACAAGCAACCUGCUGUUGCACAUGCUAUAACCCGACAAGACGACGUGGUUGUCGGCUCCGUCGGCCAACAAGUGGGCGACCUAGCCAUGACCAACAAGACUGACCGUGCGCACCCUCCACAACCGGACGCCAUCAUCAAUGGAGUAUCGCUAUCCAAUAUGCUGUGUUCUAACACGAGAUCAUACCGAAACUUCCUUGCCGACCGCACACAAGCAAAGCGGGUCCAUCAGCUGUUCAAAGGCCUCCUGAGUGCUCCAGUCAUUCUUAAUCGCGUCGACGAUUUCCCCGACGACAAUGUACAAGAGUUACAGGAUUUAGUACGACGCCUUUGUGAAGCUGUGUACAACACAAAAGAUACCUUUGAGGGUAUGUGUGCCACGGUCAGAACCUUGAAGAAGCAGCAGGAAGAGCAGAACCAAACUAAGGGCAAGGGCAAGGGGCGCAGGCCCAGAGAUGACGGAAAUACGGGACCUAUCAUUGAUCUGCCUGAUAUCGUGGUCGAGACGGCCAUGUGGGAGUUGCUGUAUGCCACACGCGAUGCCCAGAAGGGGGUCAAUUCCAUCGAGAAUUGGCCUGGAAAAUCAGGUCUGAAACCGCAGAGGGUUGAAGCGGUGUCCAGGACAUUCUCCACCUUCAUGAGUCGGUUCGAUGCCCUAAUUGAGGUUUUGAUGUAUCACAAGGGAAUGUGCAAGUCACUGUUUGACGGGACCAAUUGGAUUCAUCGCAUUGCUUGGGAUCCCUGGGGCGAGCUUGACCUGAAGAUCGGCAACAAGCUGAUCAACCAGACGCGCGACCUCCAAGUGAAGGCUGGAAAUGCCCUGCUGGACCAUGGGCAACUCAAGGUACAGAAGAACCAGGACGGAGAUUAUGUUGACGAGCAAGGCAACAUCGUCAUUCCUGACCCCUAUAAGCAGAUGAGUACACGCCUCAAAACGGCACUCAUAGAGAGGCCCACUCGAUCAACUAGCAGCGAGCGGGCCAAAUUUGCAAGAAGGGCCGGAAUUGAUCUCCGCCGCCAGCAGCGCCUGAAGGCCAUUGAGGAGGGGACACCUGCCCCUGAGAGCACUGAUGAACAUGUCAACGAAGGAGAAUCCAAUCAAGACGAUAAGGAGGAUGACGAUGCUGAAUACCACCUUCCAGGAACUAGUAGAAAGAGGCCUAGGAGGGAGAAUGCAAUGCCGAAAUCGCGUGCUGCACGUCUUCGUGGGGCAACCAUGGCUAAGAAGCCGAGUAACAGUAAAACAAGUAUUCCUCAAAACGAAGCCUACCUGAAUACACCUAACGGACGGCUUGUGACAGAUGCCAAGGCUGCGAACCCAGCCGGGCAAACCCCUCAAGCCGACAAGCUUCAGCUGCUUCCCGGUAUGGCCCCUCCCGGCUUCCGAACAAACCAGCCUCCUAAUCCUCAAACGGACUUUGGCCCGAAUGCCUUGAGUGCUAUGAACAACCCAACCAGCACACAUAAAUUACAGUUUCCCUCUCUAGGCUGCAUCAUGGCCAAAUCUCACGCUCAAGGUCUCAAUCUCAACCAAGACACGACCCAGAACGUGCCCUUGUUCGGAACAUCUGGUUUCGCUUCCACCAAUGCUCCGACUCAAGAUCGGAGCCAGUACGUGCUCUUGUUCGCGGAUUCGGAGGUUGCUUCGACCAAUACUGCGAAUCAGACUCAAAAGCAGUCUGUGAACCUUGUCCGAGAUGCCUCUGUGGGUACUAUUUCUGACGCGACCGCUCAGAAAGAGUUCUCCAUCAUGUCUCCCGACGAUUGGUUCAACUCCGGGCUUGCUAAUAUGGUCAUACCUGUUGACCCAGCGCUGAACUUGACAUCAUCUGUUGAUCCGGCCUUGGAUCUGAAAUCGCCAGUUGAUCCGGCCUUAAACUUGACAUCACCCGCUAACCUGUCUGUUAAUACCUCCACGACAACAACACUCGCUUCGAAGUUCGUUACGGCACCGAGUUCCCCCCCUGCCCAGACAGAACGGCCUGAGUCUGGGACAAACCAUGCCAACGACUCUGCGAACUCAGGUCAACAAGGUAACAGUGCCGAAAAAAACACGCAUGCUCUCAACUGGGACCUGCCUUCUUACGAUAACAUGGUCUUGGACUUUCAAGGUAACGAUAUGAUGGAUUUCAGUUCCUCUGACGAAUUCCAGGCCAACGCGGACGCCAUGGAGAAACUCAACCGCUGGAUCCAGGAGACUGCAGACUUUCAGUAGGGACUUCUAGUAAAGAGUCGACUUACUAAACGCGCUGCUGACUCAAUCUGUCGUUCAGCACAGUCAGCAGCACCAAACUCUUCAUCAUUCAUCGACAAAUGGGGCAGACAUGACCUCAUUUACAUCUCCUUCUCGUUCUUUGUAUGAAUUGCCUUGCAUUUUGCGAAACAGCGUGGGAGUCAUUUUGAUUCCCAGAUAUAUCCCAAAAGAACCAAAAGAUCUGCCUCGGUUGAAGGUAACAGCGUCAUCUCCUAUAUCAACAUUUGUCAACAAUAGGUCAACCAAGGUGGUUGCUACCUACAGCGAGACGACAGUGCAUUGAUACGGGCAAGGCGGAGAAUUUCAGCGUGAGGAAGGAGCAUAUCGGCGGAGCCGGGUACUAUAGAGGAU